UUGGCCCCAGGGGCGGGCGGCCGGGUUGGAUCAGGAAGAGUGAGCGAGGGAGACAAGUUCGGACGGCAGUGAGGUGCCAUCAGUUGCAUCUUUAGGCCCCGCGCGGGUCUGGUACGGAGAGCAAGUCCGGUUGACCCCUUUCGGAAGGUAGAAGAGUAAUAUUUAUUCCUUAAAGUGUAGAGGAGCAGACGUUUGUGUCGAAAUUGAGGGGCACCGAAGUUGCGUGUCCUGUGGACGUCUUUUCAACCCAACCAGGACAUAGAAUUUAAGCCUUCUCUCCUAAGUGUAUGGUAGAACUAAAGACGACAACUAAGGGUCACCUGACAUUGUGAUUGGCUGAUAAUCCCAGGACAAAAUUACUAUUCAAGCAUAAGACUGCUACAAAGAUGUUUGAUAUAAAAGCUUGGGCUGAGUAUGUUGUGGAAUGGGCUGCAAAGGACCCAUAUGGCUUCCUUACAACAGUUAUUUUGGCCCUUACUCCAUUGUUUCUAGCAAGUGCUGUACUGUCCUGGAAAUUGGCCAAAAUGAUCGAGGCCAGGGAAAAGGAGCAAAAGAAGAAACAAAAACGUCAAGAAAAUAUUGCAAAAGCUAAACGACUAAAAAAAGAUUGAAGGAAUGAACAAGCUCUGCAACUAGAGGAAAAUCGUUUGGAAAAUUAUGCAGCUCUGGAAGGACCACUAAGGUUUCUUUUCUGGACCUUAUGACAGUAUUAUCUAGUAAACGAAGCCUGAGCAUAUGGAAGAAUCAUGUUAGUUCUCACCUGUACUAUAGCAACUUUUAGGCUUUGGUGUGGAAGUCUCUUGACAGUUAUCGUAAAUUGGCAUUUAUGCUACAAAGUAUUUAGUCAUUUGUCUUUUUGCAGUUUAAGUACUAAAAUGAAAACAUCCUGUGGAUAAAAAUGACUUUAGAACGUGAACUCUAUUCAAAUAAUGGCUUAAAAUGGGGUCCUGUUCUGGACAAAGGAAGUUAAAAAUGUAAAAAUCAGAAUUGUCCUAACAUGAAAAGUGUGCUUUAGCUGAAAAGAGAUAGAGUAUAUUACUUACAUCUUUUAUCAUAAUUGUUUAUUUCUUGGAAUAGAAUCAUUUCUGGCUUUCUUAGAGCAAAAUAAUCAAUGAGUAUUUCUAUUUUCUGCAUUUUUUUCAUUUUGGCUUUUGAGAUACUGGUAAUUAUUAAACAUUCUGCAUUUUUUAAAAAUCUAAUUUUAUACAGAAUUCUCUUAACUAUGUAGUAUAACACUUACUGGAUAUAACAAUUUUUGUACUUAUGAACACUGCCAUUUUCUUAGAAGUGACUUGUUGAGUAGAGUAACACUAUGAUUUAAAGCUUGCAGUAAAAAGGCCAAACUUGGUAGUACCUUGGAACCAGCUUAUUCUCACUUGUGCUAAGUAGAAAUGUGAAGUUAAAAUGUCUGAUCAGGAGUUCCCAUCAUGGCCCAGCAGUUAAUGAACCCGACUAGCAUCCACGAGGAUGCAGAUUCAAUCCCUGGCCUCUCUCAGUGAGUUAAGGCAUUGCGGUGAGCUGUGGUGUAGGUUGCAGACGUGGCUUGGAUCCUUCGUUGCUGUGGCAUAGGCUGGUGGCUGCAGCUUUGAUUGGACCCUUAGCCUGGGAACCUCCAUAUGCUGCAGGUUCAACCCUAAAAAGACAAAAAAAAAAGUCCGAUCAGAUAAUUUGCUGAUUAUAUAGAUAACACUUUUGUUUUUAUUUCCAUUCUUUGUUAAUUUAAUUCAUGUGGUAGUGAUGCCUUAUACGUUUUGGUCAAACAGGUUCAUGGUGAAAAUUAAUAUUUCAAAUUUCUUAGAAGGAAUUUUUAAAGAAUAACAGUUAAGUCAUAUUUCAUAAAUGGUAAAGAAAGGCUUAUUUAACAUUUGGAAAAAUUUUGUUCAGCGUAGUAGUUUUUGGGUAAAAAGGUGUAAAUUAUGUCACAAUGAGAAGGAGCCUAAAGGCUAUUUCCUUUAAAUAGUAUUACUGGAACUUCUUAACAUGGUUUUUAUAAAUGCAUGGUUAAUAAUUUCAUUAGCUGUUGGUAAUUAAUAGCUCAUUAAUGUUUUCCUCACCUCUGAUAAUGAAUUUUAAAUUACAGAAACUAGUCCAAUAGCUUUAAUUUAAAAAUGAAACUAGAUAUUGAAAUAAAUUUGAUACUUUUUUAUAAAGAG